CAUAAACUGAGAUGACUGCUGUUAGAUAUUUAGUGGCGAUCUUGUCGUUUUCGGUAUGCUGUAGUUCUGCGGGUAGUGAACGUAUAUCUAAAGAGAUCGAUUUAAUGAAGGUAUCCCGAGCACGUCACUUCCGUAAGAACUCUGACGAUUUAAACCUCGCGCUUACGGAAUCGGGCAGUGUUUCCGUAUUAACAAAUCUAAGAAUUCCACCGAAAGAGGCAUCACUGGUCAUAGAGGUCCUAGCUGGCAGUGAUGACCAGUUUAUAAAAUAUUUGGAACUCAACGUGGACGGCCACAAGGGAAAAGUUUCAAUCAAAUACAAAUCCCAUGAUGAUCGUGAAAACGUGGUAACCUUCCGUAAUGUGUGGAUAUCCGACAACCAGUUUCAUACCUUGGUAUUUCACUUCGUUCAAGUGGAAGGUCAGAGAUGGGAAGUAACUUUAUUAGUCGAUUGCAUGGAGUUCGGCAACCAUGAUAUUACCCCAUGGUUGUCUACUACACUACCAUCACAUGUCAACUCAACCACUAAAUCUGUCGUUAAAAUGAGUCGGAGAUACAGAGGGAGUGUGAAGUCAUUCAUGCAGCGUGCUCUCCUUAUAUCUGAUCUAGACCUUUCAUUUGUCCGUCGUAAUUAUAUCGGUGUGUGCUCACAAUCUGAUGGUCCUGAGCCUGCUGAUCCAAAUAUUCUUAUCAACAAUUUCCAACCUGUAUCUGAACUCAUUGUCCAAUUAUCAGAUUUGACUUCAGUAUUACAAGACAUCCAUCAUGAAAUGAAGGAACAAAUAUUGGAAGCAAGAGCUUUAAGAACAACAAUACAGCAAUGCACAUUGUGCAAAUCAAGUGAUGACAUCAUAGAAGUUGAGCCAGUUGUGAAUUGUUCCAGCCAACCUUGUCAUCCAGGUGUUGAAUGUAUGGACACCCCUGAUGGGUUUCAAUGUGGAGAAUGCCCUAUAGGGUUCCAUGGUAACGGAAGUUUAUGCGAGGACAUUGAUGAGUGCUUGAACGACCCCUGUUCACCUUUGACCUCGUGUCAAAAUACGGCCGGGAGUUUUAAUUGUUCCCCAUGUCCGAGUGGGUAUGAUGAAACAAUGGAAGAUGUCAUCGUGGGCGGGACCAUUGUUACAAGACAGAUGUGUAGCGAUUACAACGAGUGUAAAGUUAACAACGGAGGUUGCGUCAAAUAUUCUGUUUGUCAUAAUUUACCUGGAGCAUCAAGAUGCGGAAGAUGCAUCGAAGGUUUUACGGGAAACCAAACAAUCGGUUGUACGAAGAUACGCCAUUGUAGUGAUGGAGGUGUGAACCCGUGCGAUAUAAACGCUGAUUGCACUAUAAUAAACAAAAGGGAAAAGUACGGGUGUGAGUGUAGAGUAGGAUACGCUGGUAAUGGAUUCGUUUGCGGCAAUGAUACUGACCACGAUGGAUUCCCUGAUAUUCGAAUGCCUUGUCAUCAUAAACACUGUAGACAAGAUAAUUGCCCAGAUGUCCCCAACAGUGGUCAGGAGGAUUCUGACAACGAUGGUGUUGGAGACGCUUGUGAUGAUGAUGCAGAUAACGAUGGGAUUCCAAAUACCGAAGAUAAUUGUAUCCUUGUACCUAACUCUGACCAACAGAACUCUGACACCGACACCUUUGGCGACGCUUGUGAUAAUUGUCCGAAUGUAAAGAAUCCAAAACAAGUGGACACCGAUGGUAACGGAGAGGGAGAUGAAUGCGAUAAUGACAUCGAUGGAGAUGGUAUAUCAAACAAUGCCGACAAUUGCCCCUUAACCCCAAACCACGACCAGGAAGACCAAGACAUGGACCAAGUUGGAGAUGCUUGUGACAACUGUUUGACCAUCAGUAAUAUCCUACAAACAGACACCGACAAUGACUUGCUUGGUGAUAUGUGCGAUAAUGAUGCAGACGCUGAUGGUGACGGACAUCAGAACAGUGUUGAUAAUUGUCCGUUUGUUAUCAACAACGCACAACUUGAUACGGACAACGACGGAAUCGGCGAUGCAUGCGAUGAGGAUGACGACAACGACGGAGUCCCCGAUUAUGGUGUAACAAACGCAUCUGAUAAUUGUCGAUUAAUUUACAACCCUAACCAACUCGACCGUGACGGGGACGGGAUCGGUGAUGCGUGUGAAAGCGACAAAGAUGGCGACCAAGUUAGUGAUUGGAAAGAUGCUUGCCCUGAGAAUGCUGAAGUUACAACAACUGACUUCCGAACAUAAGAGUGUCAUCCUGGAUCCAGGGAGACGCACAGGUGGAUUCACUGGGUGAUACUUAACAAAGGAAUGGAGAUUGUCCAAACACAGAAUAGCGAUCCUGGACUUGCUAUUGGGUACGAUUCAUUUGAUGGGGUUGACUUCAGCGGAACUUUCUUCGUAAACACGGCAACUGAUGACGAUUAUGCUGGUUUUAUAUUCAGCUACCAAAGUAACUCACAUUUCUAUGUUGUUACUUGGAAACAAACGGAGCAAACUUAUUGGAGCGCGACACCGUUCCGCGCCGUUGCACAACCAGGGUUGCAACUUAAGGCAGUGAAUUCAAACAAGGGACCAGGUGAACGGAUGAGGAACGCGUUGUGGCAUUCAGGGGAUACGAAGGACGAAGUUAAAGUUCUAUGGAGUGAUCCCAUGAACCAGGGAUGGGAGGAUAAGACUUCUUAUAGAUGGGAGUUACAACAUAGACCACAAGUUGGAUACAUUAGGAUCCGUUUCUUCCGCAAAUCGAACAUGAUAGCGGACACAGGUCCUGUGUUAGAUGACACAGUUAAAGGGGGAAGACUUGGCGUGUUUUGUUUCAGUCAAGAAAACGUCAUCUGGUCGAACCUGGUGUAUCGAUGUAAUGAUACAUUACCUGAGAGCGCUGUUACGUCACGACCUACGUCACGAGAGGCGGUUUAAUUUCAAGGCCGAUAAUAUUUGUGAUGUGUUAAUUGUAGAUUUUAGUUACGUCUUCACGAUUUCGUCAUAGAGACACGACGUCCCAAAGUGAAAUAAAUGCGACACAAUCGUAUGUAUGACAUCAUUGUAUUUCAAAUUGAUAUAUGUCGCAUAAAUCAUAUUUGUUUUUAAAUAAAUCGCGUUAAAGCGCUC